GAUUCCACAGGCAGUACCAUUUCCUAAUAAGAUAUUUCUCAAUUUUAUUCCAACUGAACAUAAAAAAAUGUUUCUCUGUAUUCCAUUGGUCUUUGGGUGACUUUGGUUUCAGUUCUGGCUCUGACCUUUGGGCAGAUCCCUCCUCCAUGCUUCAGGUCCCUUCUGUAAAUUGAGGAGCAUUGGAUUAGGUCAGUUAUGAAAUGUGCUUCAACUCUUAAGUCCUCUGAGUGUUGGUGUUUUAGGAGUUGGUGACCUUCAAGGAUAUUGCUGUGGACUUUAGCCCGGAGGAGUGGGGUCUGUUGGACCCAGAUCAGAAAGAGCUGCACAAGAUGGUCAUGCUGGAAAAUGCUGAGAACUUGCUCUCCCUGGGACUUCCAGUUCCCAGAGAAGAUUUCAUCUCCCAUGUGGAAAAAGGAGGCCUGAGGAACUCCUGUCCUGAUGCAGAGACAUGGUUUGAUAUGAAGGAGAUGAGUGCAAAUCUGAAAAUGAUCUCAUGGAAAGACCUUUUUCAAUAUAGUGAAUACAGGGCUUUUCUUACUAAGCACAAAAGAAGCCACAUUGGAAAGGAAUACUGUGAAUGGAAUACACACAAAAAAGCUUUAAGAAAGAGUUCCAGUGUUGCUAAAGUUAAGAAUAUACUUCCUGAAGAGAAAACACCUGAGUGUCAUGAAUGUGAUAAAACUUUUCUUGUACUCUCUUCCCUUGCCAAGCAUCAGAAGAUCCCUGCUGGAGAGAAACCUUAUAAAUGUAAGAAACAUGGAAAGGCUUUGAGAGAGCGAUCUUCUACUGCUAAACAUGAGAGAAUUCACACAGAAAAACAAUCCUACAUAUGUAAUCAAUGUGGAAAGAGUUGCAGAUGCAAUUCUAAACUUGCUCUACAUCAAAGAAUCCACACUGGAGAGAAGCCUUAUGUAUGUAAUGAAUGUGGAAAGACUUUCAUAGAUCGCUCCCAUCUUUCUAAACAUCAAAGAAUCCACACUGGAGAGAAGCUUUAUCAAUGUAAUGACUGUGGAAAGGCUUUCAUCAUGCGUUCCCAUCUUGCUGUCCAUCAGAGAAUCCACACAGGAGAGAAGCCUUAUGAAUGUAAUGAAUGUGGAAAAGCUUUCAUAGAUCGCUCCCAUCUUACUAAACAUCAGAGAAUCCACACUGGAGAGAAGCCUUAUGAAUGUAAUGGCUGUGGAAAGGCUUUCAUCAUGCGUUCCCAUCUUGCUGUCCAUCAGAGAAUCCACACAGGAGAGAAGCCUUAUGAAUGUAACGAAUGUGGAAAGGCUUUCAUAGAUCGCUCCAGUCUUGCUAAACAUCAGAGAAUCCACACUGGAGAGAAGCCUUAUGAAUGUAAUGAAUGUGGAAAGGCUUUCAUAACAUGCUCCUCCCUUGAUGUACAUCAAAGAAUCCACACUGGAGAGAAGCCUUAUGAAUGCAAUGACUGUGGGAAGACCUUUACACAACACUCCCAUGUUGCUAUCCAUCAGAGAAUCCACACAGGAGAGAAGCCUCAUGAAUGUAAUAAAUGUGGAAAGGCAUUCAUAUAUCAUUCUCGUCUUGCUGUCCAUCAGAGAAUCCACACUGGAGAGAAGCCUUAUGAAUGUAAAGAGUGUGGAAAGACUUUCACACGGAGUGACAGUUUUCGCGAACAUCAGAGAAUCCACACUGGAGAGAAGCCUUAUGAAUGUAAUGAUUGUGGAAAAGCUUUCACACGGCGCAACAGUCUUGGUAAACAUCAGAAAAUCCACAUUGGACAGCAGCCUUCUGAAUGUGGAAACCUUCAACAAAGUUCGUUCAAACCUUGCUUAACAGAGAGAGCACAUUAGAGAAAAACUUUUGAGUAUCUGGAUUAUGGUAAAGUUUUUAAUAUAUAUUAGUCUCUGACUAAACAUAGGAGAUCCCAUACUAAAUGUAAGACCUCAUUCAUGUAAUCCAUGUGGAAAAACAUCCAGCCUCACUUCAUCCCUGAAUUGCCUCCAGAAAAUUCCUAGAAGAUUGUAAUCAUGGAUAAAGACAUAAAAACGGAGGACAGAGCUUGUUAGUCAGCAGGGAUUUUCUGCUUGGAAAGAAAUCUCUGGAUUUGGCCCAGGAAGGUCUUUACCCCAGGUUCAUCUCUGAGUUUACAUCUGAGGAUACUUAGUGGAGAGAAGACUUACAAUUGUGCUGACUAAAGACUAGCCCUUACCUGGAAGAUAAAAGAGUCAUUAUAAAUCACAGUAUUCACACUGGAAAGAAACAUUAUACAAAAUGUAAUUGCAGAAAGACGAUUAAGAGAUUUUUAAAAUCUGACUUUAAAGUGUUUUUAAUGCUUAAUUUUCCUCUUCAUUCUCUUGUUUAUUCCUAAAUACUUUAGCUUUCCAUCUGUGUGAUAAGUAAUAUGUUGCAUGUUCUAAUUUUCUUUUAAAAUAUCUGUAAAUGACAGGAGAAAGGCCCGGAGAGACU